GCUCGCCGCCGCCACCAGGAGUCCGCGGACCGGGCGAGCGUCAGCUGGCUGCAGCGCCGCUGCGCUCCUGCAGGGGGCAGUGCAGCGGCGGCUUCUGUCCAUGGUGCUGAACAUUCGUCUGGCUCUGUCCGGGGUGCUGAACGGCUCAGGGGUACCGGGCUCGGCCUUGAAGCUGCUGCCGCCGCACCGAUUCCGUCCGUCCUGCCGGGAUCCGCCGCCGCAUCGUGCCCCUUGUCGCCGCUGCGUGUUCCCGUGGCCGUCCGUGCGCCGGAGCGGAGAUGUCGGAGCGGAGGGGGAGGGGAGGGCAGUAGUCUGAGCGGAGGAAAUGAACAGGAAAUGAGGUCAAAAGUCACAUACUGAGCCAGUGCACCAGGGGAGAGUGAAUCACUGAGAGAAGACAAGCCUCAGCAUUAAAAUGAGCCAAGAAACUACAGAGACGCGAACACGAACCCGCUCCAAAGGCAUCCGGGUGUCGCCAGAACUCGUGGGACAGGAGAUGAAGCCGGAGUUGAGCAGCAGCUGUCCCACCCCUGGAUGUGACGGCAAAGGCCACGUCAGUGGUAGAUAUUCCCGACACAGAAGCGUACUGGGAUGCCCGAUUGUGAAGAAGAGGAAGCUGGAAGAGGCCGAGGCGGAGGAGAACCAGUCUGCUCCCAAAAGACGGAACCAGCCUGCAAAACAGGCAGCGGAUGACGGCUUCACCGCAGAGAGUGAAGAAGAGGAGGAGCAGCAGAAGGAGGAUGAAGAGGAGGAUGAGGAGGAAGACCUCAAAGAGAAGAAAAAGCAAAAAACUAAAUACAGGCCAGAGUUAGUACAAACAGAUUGCCCACUGUUAACAACAGAGGACACGGAAACGUCAGGAGUAGCAGUUUGUCUUCCUGCUGAAGAAGACGAGCAUCAAAGUGUCACCUCGGAGACGCUGAGUGAAGCUGACAGUAAGAAGACUAGAGAGGACGUGGAGUUGGUAACACUCACUGAGGAUCAUCACCAGGAGGAAACACAGACGAAGGAGGAGGAGGGGGAGGAGGAAGGUCAGAUGGUGCCAAAGGACCCCCCUUCAGAGCAACCUGAAGAAGAAACUGGGGUUCCUGAGCUUAAAAUGACUAAAGAGGAGGAGGAAGAGGAAGCAGAAGAAGAAGAAAAAGAAGAGAAAGAGCAGCAAGAAAGGCAAGAGAAUAUUGUAGAGAGGAGGGAGGUAGAAAGACAGGUGAUUAGUCAGGAAAACUCAGAUCAUCAGUACUCCAGUGGUGACUACAAACAUCAGGCCAAAGAAUCAAAAGAGGUGCAAAGUGAGCGGGAGGAACAAGAGGGGGAAGAGGAGGAAGGACAGGAAGAGGAAGAAGAUGAAAAAGAGGAGAGGGAGGUCCUCCAAGAGGUUGAUACUCCUUACACUUUGAGUCCAUGCACUCAGGGAUCAGAGGCCGAGGUGUCACUCAGGGAAGAAAAAGUCAGCACCCCCAUGACUGAAGAAGAUGAGGAGGAUGAAGAGCAGGAGGAAGAAGAGGAGGAGAGAGACGAAGAGGAGGAUGAGAGGCAGGGAAAGGAAGCAGGUGAAGUGGUGGUGGAGGAGGAAGAGGAGGACCGAGACUUCACCAAAGACUCUCCAACUACAGUAGUCAUAGAAGUCCAGUCUGAGGAGGAGGAGGACGAGGAUGAGGAGGAGGAGGAAGAGGAGGAGGAGGAGGAGGAGGAGGAGGAGGAGGAAGAGGAAGAGGAGGAGGAGGAGGAGGAGGAGGAGGAGGAGGAGGAGGAGGAGGAGGAAGAAGGAGAAGAGCAGGAUCGUGUCUCAGAAGGCUCAGGAAUUACCGACGACUCAGAGAACUGGGAUAUGACUCGAGGGAACCUGGGGCUGCUGGAGCAGGCCAUCGCCCUGAAGGCGGAGGAGGUGCAGGGGGGAGGCGAUGGGGGAGGGGAGGAGUACCACCCGUUCAGCAGCUGCAGCCGGAGCAGUGAGCCUGCGUCUGCAGCCGUGGCCCGCCGCUCUGCGCACUACAGCAAAGAGAAGAAGGAAGUGAAGUGUCCCACCCCCGGCUGUGAUGGGACGGGUCAUGUGACAGGGCUGUACCCUCACCAUCGCAGUCUGUCUGGAUGUCCUCAUAAAGACCGAAUCCCCCCGGAGAUUCUGGCCAUGCAUGAGAACGUCUUGAAGUGUCCAACCCCUGGCUGCACAGGCCAAGGUCAUGUCAACAGUAACCGCAACACACACCGCAGUCUGUCCGGCUGCCCCAUAGCAGCAGCAGUGAAACUCAACAAGAACCAGGACAAGCAGGUUCACCUCCAGGCUCCAGCCUCUGAAGCCUCUUCCAACUCUGACAGAGUGCUCAGGCCCAUGUGUUUUGUGAAACAGCUGGAGAUUCCUCAGUACGGCAGCUACCGGCCCAACACGGUGACCACCACCCCUCGAGCUAACCUGGCCAAGGAGCUGGAGAAAUACUCCAAGGUGUCAUUUGACUAUGCAAGCUUUGAUGUUCAGGUGUUUGGAAAGCGUAUGCUCAUUCCGAAGACACCCAGCAGCACUGAGACGUCACCGAAAGCCUUCAAACCUAAAUCAUUCCCUAAGGCCUCCUCCCCCAGUCACAGUGUGUCUGGGGGGUUUUCUAAGAGCGCCUCGUCCUCCAGUGGUUAUGACUAUAGCCAAGAUGCAGAAGCAGCCCACAUGGCAGCGACCGCCAUCCUCAACCUGUCCACCCGCUGCUGGGAGAGGCCGGAGACUCUCAGCACCAAGCCCAGUGACCCCUGCGCCAAGGAAUCGGACAUUGAAGUAGAUGAAAACGGAACUUUGGACCUCAGCAUGAAGAAGACCAAGAGGGAGGGCAUGCAGACCCCAGAGCCUUCAUCCUCUUCAUCGUCAUCCUCUCAACACAUUGGAGCCACCUUGUCUCAGGGCCACUCUCAGCCGGAGUGGGAGGGGCCUCUGGACUUUACAAAACCAAGUGGAGUCAAAGAGGAAGACCAUGAAGAGGUGGAGUGUGCGGCUCCCUCAUACACCUCAUCUGAUGGUGAGGAGGAGGAUCAGGACACCCUGGAGGACAGGACGUACCCCGGGGAGGUCACCACCAGCAGCUUCAAGGUCAAGUUUCAGCCCAAAGACAGCAAAAAAGAGGUUCUCAUAUGUCCCACCCCCGGCUGUGACGGCAGUGGACACAUCACUGGCAACUAUGCAUCACAUCGAAGUCUGUCAGGCUGUCCUCUUGCUGAUAAAUCACUUCGGACCCUCAUGGCUGCCCACACAGCUGAACUAAAGUGUCCGACUCCAGGUUGUGAUGGAUCGGGCCACAUCACUGGGAACUACGCCUCACACAGAAGUUUGUCUGGAUGCCCCAGAGCCAAGAAGAGCGGGGUCAAGUCAACCCCAACCAAGGACGAUAAGGAAGACUCAGAGCUGUUGAGGUGUCCAGUUCCUGGCUGCGAUAGUCUGGGUCACAUUAGUGGAAAGUACGCCACUCACCGCAGUGCCUAUGGCUGUCCGCUGGCAGCGCGCCGGCAGAAGGAAGGUCUUCUUAAUGGCACACCCUUCUCCUGGAAAGCAUUCAAGACUGAGGGGCCCACCUGCCCAACGCCAGGCUGCGAUGGCUCCGGCCAUGCUAACGGCAGCUUCCUGACACACCGCAGUCUGUCAGGUUGUCCCAGAGCGUCGGCCAACAAGAAGAGAGCCAAGUUCCCUGGAGACGAGUAUAUUACUGCAAAGUUCAGAGCCAGCGAUGUUCUGGAUAACGAUGAGGACAUCAAGCAGCUCAACAAGGAGAUCAAUGAGCUGAGCGAGUCCAACUCAGAGAUGGAGACGGACAUGAUGAACCUGCACACUCAGAUCUCUUCAAUGGAGAAGAACCUGAAGACCAUGGAGGAGGAGAACAAACAGAUUGAGGAAAGGAACGAGACCUUGUUCCUGGAGCUAUCUGGUCUGAGUCAGGCCCUGGUCCGCAGCCUGGCCAACAUCCGCCUGCCAACCAUGCAGGAGCCGCUGUCCGAGCAGAACUUUGACAGCUACGUGGACACGCUGACUCACAUGUUCACCAACAAAGACUGCUACCAGAACCCUGAGAACCGGGCUCUCCUGGAGUCCAUCAAUCAGGCCGUGAAGGGCAUAGAGGUGUGACGUGAAGGACGGGAGGGGGGGGACAGAGGGCGCACGCAUUGCAGUGACAACACCACUCUUUCUUUCCAUACCUUUUAGAUAUUGUAUGUAAUUAAUUCUUCUCAUUUGGAACUUUGUCAUCUGUUCUUUGCAUUUGUUUCCUGUUUGCAUGUUGUUUUACAACGGUACGAGUGUGAACAGCUUAGAGCGUGGAUGUGAAAUGUGUGUUUGCACACUUGAGUCAAAAUCAAACAGACGGACGGGCAUGGAGCGGUCCACAGCCCGAGUUAGUUAGUGAACAUAUCCUGUCUCCACGCAGUGAUGUCGAUAGUAUUCUAUAUGAGCAUAGUGAUGUUGCACCUCCAGGAAUAGUGUGUAGAUUCAUUCUUACAAUUGCUGUGUAACUAUUUAAGUCCUUUGCAAAUGUUGAUUUAUUAACUUAUUUACUCAUGUCCACUGUACUAUAUUUAUGUUGACUUAUUUAUUAUACAUUAUCUAUUUAUUAAGUUUUAUUUUUUUUCAUUUCAAAAUGCUACCUGAGAAGAUUUUAAACAGUAACCAUGAGAAGGUAAUCAUUUCCUCUGCAUUGUUGAACAAAGAGGAGAUAUUUUAAGAUAUCAAGUAUGAAUUGUUUUAUAUAUCUUAUUAUUUAUUUAAAAUACAGGGAUCUUUUGAAGUGCAAAUAUUUUGUAACUGAAAGUUUUUAAUAAUUUUCUAAAUAUUUUUUUUGGUGCUUAUGUUUAUAUGAUUUUCCUUUUUAUUUCCACAAACUAUUUUCAGUACAUUGCAAUACACUGUGAAUAUUGAGCUGCACAUAUUUGGUGAUUAUUUGGUGAUGAAGAACAAAGUGAUGGUGAAUAUUUAUUUUGUAUCGUCUAUGUGUUAAUGAUGACUGUGUAUGGAUUAGUCUUUAAGUUGCUCUCGAAAUAAAGGUUAACCCUCAGUGCACGUGGAUUGGAUCCAUCA